GGAGACACUUGGCUUCUGUUGAAAGAGCUGCCCGACACUGUGGACAGCUGUGGACGUCUGUGAUACACUGUCUGCAGAAAGAGUGUCCACAGGGAAGGUUCACUGGAUCCGUGAAGAUGCUCAGACAAACAGAGCAGGCAGCACAAUGAUCUUCAUUCUACUCUUCAGAGACGUCUCAUCCUACUGGAUCACUAAAACACUCUCUGUCUUCCCUCCUGACUGGAAAUCGGCUAUGAUCUUCCCUCUCUUCAAAAGUGGCUCUGGUUCCAACUCCAACUGCUACCGACCCAUUUCUAUUUUAUCACGCUCAGCCAAAGUCCUGGAGAAGUUGGUUUUUAAACAGCUGGGCCACUUCCUUGACUCAAACCAGAUUUUGUCAAGCCCGCCAUGUGUGGCUGUCAUAUGCCCGUUUCCAGGCUGGACAUGACUAUGUACUGUAGGUCCUGGACAGCACUAGUACAGCUGUAGGAGCCAUAUUUUUCAUUUUGUUCUUGUUUCCCCCAGGGACCUGUAUGUCUUUUACUUGAGGCUGAUGGCCUGGGGUCAAAUGAAGGUAUUUAGCUGAUUAUAUGAUUUGGUUAAGGUGUUGCUGAAUAGAAACAGGCAAAGGUACACAGUUUUCGAUUGUGCUCGACUUUCUUUGCGUUUUAUUAUUUUAUUUAUGACCAACUUUAAGUUACGGGUGAAGAGUGAUAAUAAAGAACUGGGAUUAUUUCAACUCAUAUGAAAAAUCUGCUUGUUUAUUUUUAGUUGAGUGCACGCCAAAACUCUCGUAUAGCCACCAUCCUGAACCAUUAGGGCUGAGUACAAGACAUAACCACAACAACAGAAUUAGACAGCAAGCAGAUCUGCAUAGCUGUAUUUAUUGACCUUACUAAGGCCUUUGACUCUGUUGAUCACUGGAUCCUCCUUUGUAGGCUCUCUACCAUCAGUCUGUCCACCACCUGUCCACCUGUCCACCACUGGUUUGCCAGCUACCUUACCGACCGUGUCCAGCAGGUGAAGAUGGAAAAGAUCCUGUCAGACCCACUUACCAUCUCCAAAGAAACGUGUCUGAGGGCUGCUGGAUCAGCUUGAAUACCCAGCACAGCAAUUGGUCCAUUGCUGAUAGCACCACACAGGCUGACAGUCAUUGGACAACAGACUCUCCCCUGAAUUCACUGAUCUUCUGUAUGGGAGGGGUUACACCGUACCGUCGGUCUCCAUAAGAGAAGCGCGCUGAGCGACCGCGUUUGAAGCCUCUUCAAUCCGACACACGGAUGUCAGAGGAUCAUGUGAGAAGAGGCGGACUGACAGACGCUCGUUUCAAGAAUGCUAUUCCUGAGCACCGCUAUGAAGCAGUAUUUCUACCCUGUGCAACCUUGUACCAAUAAACAGGAAAACCUGAAGAGCCUUAACACAUAUUCAGCACCUUGGACAAGUAAAGUGCACACUACGAGCCAAAAAUAGACAAUUCCAGAGACGAGGACAUAGGUCUAACCACAGCAAAUUCGCAUUAACCCUGCAUUGAUCUGCACUUCAUUUCUAUAUUGGUGGUGGUGGUAAACAUAUCACUUUAUCACCUCAGUUCAUAGACCCCUCCACCCACAGGACCCUCACAGUGCCCCUCAGAGGGGCAAUGCCAGUCUUGCUAAAUGCCGACUCCUCCUUCAGCUCCAAACAGGAGCUCCUGGACCUGCAGGACUGCCCUCUCAGCGGGGAUCCCUCUCUUGACACUCCCAGCCCUGUGGAUUCCCAGACAGGCAGCCCCGUAGGUUCAGGGCCCAGAAGUCCAGGGCCUGAUGUCCCCAUCCGGCCCUACAUUUUCACCGGGGCUUCAUCAGUCCCUGGGGAGACGCAUAGAGUUGAAACAAAAUCUCAUGCAGAAACUCCUCUGGGGUUGCAGGUGAUAUCCCCUGACUCGGAUCAGCUGUGUGGCUGGGGGGCUCUAACGCCCAAAGCUAUACAAGUUUUCAACACCCCUCGUUGGGUGCUGUUCUUCCUUAGUGUGGCUGCUUUUCUCCAGGGAAUGAUAAUCAACGGCUUAAUUAAUACCGUGAUCACUUCCAUUGAGCGACGCUUUGACCUGCACAGCUAUGAGACCGGCCUCAUCGUCAGCAGCUACGACAUCGCCUCCUGCAUCUGCCUGGUCUUCGUCAGCUACUUUGGAGGGACGGGGCACAAGCCUCGCUGGCUGGGAUGGGGGGUGCUCAUCAUGGCGCUAGGUUCUCUGGUGUUUGCCUUGCCUCAUUUCACUUCACCGCCCUACCAAGUCAGCCUACCUGAGCAAACAGGAAUGUGCUCAGCAAACCGUACCAGCCCAUGCCAAGACAAGGAGGGAGGAGGGAUGUCCAACUAUCGGUUCGUGUUCAUGUUGGGCCAGUUCCUACAUGGGAUCGGUGCUACACCUCUUUACACAUUAGGGGUCACAUACCUGGAUGAGAACGUCCACUCCAACUAUGCACCUGUUUAUGUCGGAGUCUUCUAUACAGCGGCCGUUUUGGGUCCAGCAGCAGGCUACCUGCUGGGAGGAUACUUCCUCAACACCUUCACCGAGAUCCACCUGACGACAGAAAUGACUCCAGCGAACCCUCACUGGAUUGGGGCUUGGUGGAUCGGCUUCCUAGCAGGAGGAGCAGCAGUUCUGCUGACAUCGUUCCCCAUCCUGGGCUACCCACGACAGCUACCAGGAUCUCAGGAAUACGCCUCCGUGCGGGUGUCUGAGGCCCACCAGCUUAAGGAUGGAAGUCACACAACAGCCUCAGACCCUCAGUUUGGCAAAUCAGUCAAGGACAUGCCCAGAUCUGUGCUGCUUCUUUUAAAGAAUCCCACAUUCCUGUUCCUUUGCUUGGCUGGGGCUACAGAGGCCACCCUCAUUGGAGGAAUGUCCACCUUUGGGCCAAAGUUCUUGGAGUCACAGUUCAGUCUCAGUGCAUCAGAGGCCGCCACAUUGUUCGGAUACAUAGUGGUGCCAGCAGGAGGCGGGGGUACCUUGUUGGGUGGCUACAUAGUGAAGAGGUUUAAGCUGCGCUGUCGAGGUAUCAUCCGUUUCUGCAUGGUAUGCGCAAUGGUCGGUUUGGCUGCCAUCUUCAUCUUUCUCAUCCAUUGCCCCAACCUGUCCAUGGCUGGUGUCACGGCACCUUAUCAGUCUGGUCUGAUGGGGAAACAGCAGCUGGAACAGUACAAACACUUGUAUGACAAACCCAGCAAGCUGCAGUCUGGAAACAGCUUCUCUUUGGACCUGAACCUGACAGUGGACUGUAAUGCUGACUGUAGUUGUAUCAGAGAGCUGUACAACCCUGUGUGUGGGGCAGACGACAUGAUGUAUUACUCUCCCUGCCAUGCAGGCUGCACCUCCAUCAACCACACUGAUGUCUCCACAGGCAAACAGGUGUACUCUGGAUGUAGCUGUGUGGUGGGUAAUGUGUCCUGGGGGGAGGAGGGCUUCGCUCUUGCAGGAAAAUGUGGCAACUCCUGCUACCACUUGCCGGUCUUCCUCGCAGUGUUUUUCAUCUCCAUCUGCUUCACUUUCCUCUCUAGUAUCCCAGCACUCACUGCCACACUCCGGUGUGUUCCAGACAGCCAGAGAUCCUUUGCACUUGGCAUUCAGUGGGUCGUGGUGCGCACACUUGGUGCUAUUCCUGGACCCAUAGCGUUCGGCUCGAUGAUUGACAUCUCCUGUUUGCUGUGGCAGGAUCAGUGUGGUGAGCAGGGCUCCUGCUACCUCUACCAGAACUCAACCAUGAGCCAGUACAUUCUAGCAGCUGGAAUCAUCUAUAAGGCUUUGGGGACAGUCUUUUACCUAUUAGCCAACAUCUUGUACCAGCCUCCUCCGGAGUCACCGCAAAGCAGCUGUGAGAGCACUGACCACGGGAUGGGAAACUUGAGCGACCUGCCCAUCAAAGACCUGCCCGAGGAUGGCGUCAUCGUCAACCUUCACGCCCGGCUAUGAUGUCCGGCACCCGCUAACCAGUGAGGCUGUCUGAUUGUGUCUUUGUGUAUGUGCCAGAAUGCCUUCAUGCACACAACAAAUUUUUAAAAGCACAUGAUGACAUGCUGCUGUCCUGGAAGAAAACCUUGCUUAAUCCGCAUGUGUGUGAGUGUUCGGUGCACAGUGCCAAGCCGCAGAGGUUUUUAUCUACCAAGAAGCAUUUCUACAGAUAUCUCAAAACUAAUCAGUUCAAAUUACUUUGUACAAUGUGAGCCUAAUUGCAUUUGUGUUUCAUAUUUUCAUAUUAGUGUCAGAUGUUCUCUUCAAAAGCAUUUAUGAUGGGGGGGGGGGAGCAUUUAUACCCACCGUGCUCUUCUUCUGUUCUUUCCUCUUCAUCGCCAAAUAGAUUCACUGCUUUAUUAUCUGCCAUAAACAAAGCCAUGGUUGAAAACGCUCUACAAGAACUGUAAGUCAGUAAUAAUAAAGACAAAUCAUUUUCAUAUCAUACGUCCAAUAAAGAGCACUGAAAGACACUUACAGUUGCUUCAGAAGGUAUUCAGACCCCUAUACAUGUUGUGCACUUUAGUGUUAAAUGGAUACAAUUGCUGUUUUUGCCCUUCACUUUACACCCAAUAAUCUGAACUGACAAUUUAAAUAAAGUCUAAAGCUUACCCACCUUCUUGGGUAAAUUUCCACAAAGAUACCUGGGUUUGGACAGUUUAUCCUAAAAGAUUUUUAUUGUCGUAAGAUUGGAAGGAAAGCGACUGUCAUAAACUUCAGACACCUUGCCUUGAAGCCACCCCUGAGCUGUCUUGGCUGUUUGCUUUGGUUUGCUGUAAUCCUGAACCAUGAACUGCUGCCUCAGUCUGAGGUAUUUGUGUUUGUCUGCGUCCAUUCUUCCCUCAGUCCUGACUGGUUGCCCCUUUUAUAGCACACAUUCAGUGGGAUGUAUCUAAACAUUAGGGGUAGCACUGCUUUCCAACAUUAGAUGCUUCACAACUGUGCAAACAUUGGAUGCACCUGACUGCACGGAUAUUUCACUUGGGGACUUUAUGUUCCUAGAUUUCAAACUCUUUUGAAAAUUCUCUAUUAUAUUCCAAAAACAGUUCACCAAAUAAAUUGUUUCUGAAAGCAUGAAGCAAAAAAUCAGCUGGUCAGUCAAUAAAUCUGUCUUUUACUUUUGACCGCAGUUUGUUCAAAAGUUUUUCGACAGUUUGCAGAGGCAUAGAGUGGCAGAUGAACACUCCUGAUUUAGAAGUAAAUGAGAUUCCCCAUCUCUCCAAAUGCAUCUUGGCACAUCCAAAAUGCAUUGCAUGACCACUUACAUAGACAAUAAGCAUAGAAAUUAUGGAUCCUGUGAAAACAUUCCAUUACUCUGAACACCUUCUGUUUAGCUGCUCUACCUAAAAGGACUGAAGUUAGAAGGUGCCGCUAAGAUGGUCAUCCUUUGAGCAGGUUCUCCAUCUCCACAUUGGACCUCUUAGGCUUUAUAACAAAGGUCUAUGGAGAAUUUCUUGGACUUCAUGGCUCGGUCCUUAUAUUCUGUCUGAAUUGUGGGACUAUGGAUACAGGAAUCUCUCUCUCUCUCUGACAGUCCACUGUCCAAGGAAUUCGGUUUGCCACAGAUAGACUCCAUUCUAACUUAAGCAAUUUUAAAGCAAACUACAUGCAGUGGUCUACAGUUUGGAGCACUACUGCGAAUGUUCUGAAUACUUUGUGAAGCAAAAGUGAAAUGAGUGAAGAUAACAUGAGCUUAAACUAUUGAUCGCAGCACAGCAGCACAAAUAUAUUUUCAGUUAGAAAAGCACAUGUAUAUAAGAGAUUGAAUUUAAAAGCAGUAAUGCAGGGACGGAGAACACCACAUUACUUCUGUGAUCUACAUGAAAUAGAUCUAUACAUAGAUUGCUCUGCUGACCAAUUUGGUAACAAUAGCUUUGAUGCUGAUUAUUUAUAGAGCUUGAUUAGCUGCACUUUAAAAAAAUGUUUGCAAAGUAUGUGUUGAUACAAAACAGAGAUUUAAAGGUGAAGUAAUUCUGAAAAACAAAUCCGUCCAGCACUAAAUAUUUUUCAGUGCACACAGCAUGAAGAGAUAUUCACUGAAUAUGACAGAAAGUGUGUUGCAUUCGAACCACAAACUUCAAUUUGAACACCUGCAUUUAAGAUUGUAAAAUGCACCUUAUAAUGUGUUGUUUUCUGUGGAAGUGCUGCAAAAAAUAUGUCCAAAUUUCGGUGCGUCCAGUUCAGCAAUGCUCAACUUUACAUGUGAAUUUGGACUUUGACCAACAGAUCUUUUCCACAGAGGACAUGUUGAAGUUGCUGAUCCCUGAUGCUCUCUCCUCCACAAGCAAAACAAAUGUGCGCGCGGUUGCGUAGUGCGUAGCUCGCCCACCUCUGCAUGGGCGUGCUUGCUGUGCGCGUAACCGUUGAUUGACAGCAUGACAAAGCUGAAGCUCGAACUUGAUUGGCUAGCUGCCGACCGGCGCUUUUUGGAAUAACUUGGGGGUCUAUGAGAAGAAGGCGGAGCUCAUGAAUAAAUUUGCAUAUCGCGUCAUACUAACUUUAUAUUAUAGUAUCGAACUAGACUAACACAUUUAAGCUUUGUUAAAAAAUGAUACAUAAAUUGAAAACAAACGGAAACUCCGGACAUGAGCUUUAAGCGAUGAGCCUUGCUUCGAUCUGAUUGGCUAAUACGGGCUGUUUUUUUCUCUAAGGGAGGCAAGGCGAAGCUGGCCUCUGUACAGACAGACAGUGCAGAGGGCAUGAGAGACGUAGUGUAAUGCACAAAAAGAGCUUGACAAGAGGGGCGCUGUUUUGCUCCUCGCAAAGCAGAAAUGCCUGAUGUAGUGUUUUGACAUCAAGAAAUGACAAAAAUAUAAAACAUAAAAUACAUAGUGGUGAAGAUUAUUUAUAUUUUUUCUUUCUUGCAUAUUUUUGGGGGAAGCCAGGCUUCCUUUGGCCUCCAUGAAAAACCGCCACUGGUUUAAAGGGAUGAAGUGGGAUUGCCACUUUUUUGCUGCUUGAAGGUGUUUUGUGACAGAGCUUUUAAGAGGGAUAUUCUGAAAGUAGUUUGUAAGCUGGGGCUGCUGAGGGUGACGCACUAUUGGCACGACAUGCAGUAAAAGAAAUCAGCACAGUUAUUUGGACCUAAAUAUCACAGAACUGUAAGUCUACAAAUGUGCCAAAGCAGUUUUGCCUAACAACUCUUGUACUUCAUUGUUUUAUCAUUUUCCUUAUUUAUGCAAAUAAUUUAUUUAUAAUAUUUCAGCUCUCAUGUUUGACUUUUGCAUUUACCGUGUGAUGAUAACAGGAAUGCUGCCCUUCCUGCCCUUUGUCAAGACGUCCUCCUCUUGUCUGCAUUGUUUAUGUGAUUGUAAAACACAACCUGCUGUGUGUUGCCUGUGUUGUUGUUGUCAUGUACUCUGCUCCUGUACGGACUGACCGAAACACCUGAUGUUGAGGAGUUCGAUUUCCAUAUGAAUGUAUAUAUGCAGUUCUCCUAACAGGUUUUGUCAAGCCACUAUGUAAGCUGAUUUUUAUUCUUUUCUAUUUUAAUUUUGGUACUGUAUGUUUUUCUAAAAAACAAAAUGGAAGCAGUGGACUUGAAAUCAAUGAUCUUUUUAUGAAACAAGUCAAGUGUUUUCUAAUUACAAAAGCUGAACAGCA